AUGGCACCUCUCUAUUCCUCUUUGCGGGCCAUGGCAGACAUGGAGAAAUAUUCCGACCUUACGAUAACUUGUCAGGGCCGGGUCUUCCACGUCCACCGCAUCAUCCUCUGCUCUCAGUCCAAGUUUUUCGAAAAGGCUUGUGGAGGACCUUUCAAGGAGGCAUCCACCAACACGAUCGAUCUGCCGGAG